AUGAACGGAACUGAGAAGCGAACCAAGCACGAGGGAGCAGAGAGCAGCACGACCAAUGUCCCUCUGAACACAUCUCAAUCUGUUAUCAGCGGCCAUAGAAAGGUCAUCAUCAUUGGCGCUGGCUCGACGGGUCUCGCGCUGGCCCAAGGGUUGAAAAAGGCUGGAAUCCCUUUCGAAAUAUUCGAAAAAGAAGAAGAACCUAGUCGCAAACGAAGCUGGAGCAUAGCACUGCACUGGGGUUAUGAACCGUUGCAAUGCCUCGUGCCCGCAGACAUUUUAGCUGGACUCGAGCAGGCACAGGUUGACCCGCACAUCCCUAUUACAGAAAGCGGUCCAAUCCCCAUGAUCAAUGGUGGGAAUGGAGAUUUGAUCGCCGAGCUCAAGUCGUCCAGAGUGUACCGCCUGCGCCGAGACAAAUUCCGGGCAUUGUUGCUCCAAGGCCUCGACGUGCAGUGGGGGAAGUCCCUCUGUGAUAUUAUUCAUUCUGGUACCGGCGAACACGUCACUGCAAAGUUCACGGACGGGACAGAAGUCAUUGGCAGUCUUCUAAUUGCCACCGAUGGUCCGCAUUCGACGACACGUACACUACUAGUUGGAGAGCAAGCUGCAAAAGUCACGCCCACUGAUUUCGCCUCGACCAUCUGUUAUACCCAGCAUACGCGUGAGCACGCCCUAUUCUUACGUGCCCACCCCCACCAUCCGCUGUACCAAGUGGGUCCUCAUCCCGAGGGUUAUUGUGCUUGGUUGAGCCUCCAUGACGGGGACGAUAUCGACCACCCGGAAAACUGGACUUUCGCACACUAUAUCUCCUUCUCAGAACCACGCGACCAUGUCAAUAAACGAACUAUGCGAGAACACGUUGCACACCAGAAGGAGUUGGCCCGUCGGUUUGUCGAUCCCUGGCGCAGUGUCUUUGAGUGGAUGUGCCCUGAUCAUGAGGUUUGGUAUUCCAAGCUUCGAAACUGGGACCCAAGUUUGUCGGAGCAUCGGUGGGAUAAUCGUCAGGGUCGGGUAACUCUGGCAGGUGAUGCUGCUCAUCCGAUGACUUUCCAGCGUGGUCAGGGUCUCAACCACGCUAUGAAGGACGCUUACACCGCAUGUAAGGCGAUUGAGUCAUUCUGGAAUCGAGGUGAUUUCACUAUUGAGGAACGUGUCGCGGCUAUGCAGGCGUAUGAGGAGGAGAUGGUCAUGCGGACAGGUGAGGAGGUUCGUUUAAGCGAGGAAAGCACAGUAAUGCUGCAUAAUUGGUCCAGUAUUAUGCAAAGUCCGUUGAUAAAAAACGGGCUGGGAGUCAAGAUUAAGUAG